AUGGCGAUGAGAUACUUCAAAGUCAUCAAGGAGAGAGUCCCUUUCACCAAGCACGCGACGAAACCACACAAUCCAAUUUUAACUGACGAAGAAGAAGCGUUUCUUAGCCAAGUUGCUAACUCCCCCGAGAAAACCAGGGUGGAUGAUGGUGGCGACGCGCAGGUCGCGUUGAUGAAUGGUGCGCAGAAUAUACCCUUACCGGCGUCUCCGGAGGAAGAGGACGAUUUGGACAAAGAGUUUGCGUUCGAAGGGAGUAGGGCGAGAACUUCUGAAGAGGUAAAAGGGGAAGAAAAGUCAGUGGCGUCGCCAAAGAAAUGGAGACGUUGGAGUUGGAUGCCGGGUAAGGAAGUGCAUGAUAAGACGGGAAAAGAUAAGGCUGGAGAGGAGCCCCCUGUAGCCGCAGACGACGAGGUUAAGAAAGAAGAGCAAGAUAUUUCCGAAGUUCUGGAAAAGCUGAAUCUCGCUGCGAUAAACAACCGAGUGUUUUCGAUCAGCGACGAAACUCAAGAGCUGUUGGAAAAAUUCAAGCUUGUGUUCAGGGACCUGGUAAACGGCGUCCCGACCGCGUAUAGGGAUCUGGAGAGCCUCCUUACGAAUGGGGACAAACAACUGCAAAGCACGUUUGACCAGCUUCCCGACUUUUUGAAGAAGUUGAUCGAACAGCUACCGGAUAAAGUGACAGGAAAGUUUGCACCGGAGAUAUUAGCUGCUGCGGCAGAACGCGCUGCUCAGCAUGGGGUCAACGUAGAAAAUGCGGGCAAGGCUGCUGGUGCGGCGAAGAAGAUGGGGUUCAAGGUGCCCAGCCUCAAGGAGCUUGUGGGAAAGCCGGCUGCGAUUGCGGGAAUGUUGCGGUCUAUUAUGACAUUUUUGAGGGCCCGAUUCCCGGCGCUUAUGGGCAUGAAUGUCCUGUGGUCAUUGGCAUUGAUGGUUCUCCUUUUUGUCCUAUGGUACUGUCACAAAAGAGGCCGCGAGGAGCGUCUCGAAAAGGAGCGCAUUUCUCGAGAAACAUCUGCCUCCAACCUUGACAACACAGUUGGGCCGGCAGAGAACCUCAUCAUCACUUCUGCAGAGAACGCACCAAUGGAAGCCGCUGAAACAGAAGGUGAAGGCGCCCAACAAGCACAGCGGGCCCCGGUAUCGUCAGGAGAAGGCAGAGGGCCGGUCGCCUCGCUCCCUGCAUUUACCAAGAAAACACGUCGCAAGACAGUUGAGCCGUAUGAGGGGACGUAA